AUGGCUAAUAAAAAGAAUCUAGAAGUUAAUAGAAAACUAAACAUGCAAAAGAGCAAUGAAGAAAGGCGUAGAAAAAGCAGGAAUUCAGACUUCUUUACAGCCCUCAACCUCUCAAAACUCCCAACUAAUGCAUUUGCUACUGCAAAUUACACAAUGUUAGAUAAGAGCGAUCAGUACUCGAGCUUAUCAGGGGAUGCUGAGUCUUCCAGUGAGUCUAUGAAAUCCUGAAUGACUUCAUCACAACAGACUUUGGAAAAUCUCGUCAUGCAAUGCUUUAAAAAUCAAAACUGCAUUACAGACUUGAAUCCAAGGUUUAUGGUGGAACUUGAAAAAUGUGACUCAAAGUUGAAGUUUGACUUUGGGGAAGCCGUUUAUUCAGGAAUUGUAUUCGGGGAUACAGAUAUUUGUGAGAUUCCUGACGAUUGUAUCGUUGAUGAACUAUAA